AUGGCUGGUCAGCCCCACAGUUCCCAGCAGUCCUUGGGGUGACAGGGCACCUGAAGCAGAAGAUCAGCCACAGAGCCUGGGGCUCUCCCAAUCCUGUCUGCCAUGGACUCUGCCUACGAGAUGGGCCAUGUUCGCAAGCUGCAGGCGCGGCACACACGGAUGCAAGAAAAGACUUUCACCAACUGGAUUAACAACAUCUUCCAGCACAGCAGGGUGGGCAUCAAGAUCCAGAGCCUGUACACAGAGCUGGCCGACGGCACCCACCUACUGCGGCUGCUAGAGCUCAUCUCUGGGGAGGCUCUGCCACCCCCCAGCAGGGGCCGCAUGCGUGUGCACUUCCUAGAGAACAGCAGCCGAGCUCUAGCUUUCCUCAGGACCAAGGUGCCGAUACCCCUCAUCGGGCCAGAGAACAUCGUGGACGGAGACCAGACGCUCAUCCUGGGCCUCAUCUGGGUCAUCAUUCUGCGUUUCCAGAUUUCCGACAUCUCCCUGGACAGGGAGGAGUUUGGGGCUGGCGCAGCCCUGCUGUCUGCCAAGGAAGCUCUGCUGGUCUGGUGCCAGCGGAAGACAGCCUGCUACGCGAACGUCAGCAUCACUGACUUCUCCCGCAGCUGGAGUGAUGGGCUCGGCUUCAAUGCCCUCAUCCAUGCCCACAGGCCAGACCUGCUUGACUACAGCUCCCUGAGUCCUGACCGCCCACUGCACAAUCUUGACCUUGCUUUCUGCAUGGCUGAGCAGGAGCUAGGCAUUGCUCAGCUGCUGGACCCCGAGGAUGUGGCAGCUCCACAGUCUGAUGAGCGCUCCAUCAUGACCUAUAUCUCCCUCUACUAUCACCACUUCUCCCGCCUGCACCAGGGGCGGACAAUCCAGAGGAGACUUGUUAAGAUCCUGCUCCAGCUCCAGGAGACAGAGGGGCUGCAGACCCAGUAUGAACAGCUGAUGGCCGACCUGCUCUCCUGGAUUGCAGAGAAGCAGGUGCAGCUGGAGGCAAGGGAGUUCCCAGACUCCCUGCCAGCCAUGUGCCAGCUACUGGUGGCCUUUGCCUCCUUCCGCACCCAGGAGAAACCACCGCGGCUGCAGCAGCGAUGGGCCACGGAGGCCCUGCUCUUCCGGCUGCAGACAGCACUCCGAGCCCAGAACCGCAGGCCGUUCCUCCCUCAUGAGGGCCUGGGCCCUGCGGAGCUGUCUCAGCGCUGGGCAGGCCUGGAGCAGGCAGAGGCCUUGAGGAGCCGGGCCCUGCAGCAGAGGCUCCUGCAGCUAGAGCGGUUGGAAAGCCUGGCCUGGUGCUUCCAACGCAAGGUGGCCCUCCGGGAGAGCUUUCUGACAGAUGCAGAGCGAGUGCUGGACCAGGCCGCAGCUCCACAGGCCAGCCCAGCCUCAAUGGAGGCAGCCACUCAGAGGCUGGGCAUGCUAGAGGCCAGUAUCCUGCCCCAGGAGGGGCGCUUCCAGGCCCUGGCAGAGAUGGCAGCUGUCCUUCAGCAGGAGCAGUACCAUGGUCAGGCCAAAGUGGCCUGCAGGCAGCUGGAGAUCACUCAGCGCUGGGAGCAGGUCCUUCAACGUCUCCAAGGGCAGAGGAAGCAGCAGGCAGGCAUGCAGGCUGUACUGAGCCUACUGCAGAAAGCAGAGACUGCUGCCAGCCAGCUCAAGGAGCUGCAGGUGCUGGCCAGUUCCACGGCAUGUGGGCAGCAGCCGGCAGAGGUAGUGGAGCUGCUACAGAGGCAGGACCUGCUGGAGGCCCAGGUCUCAGCCCUCGAGGCCCAUGUGAGCCAUCUUGCCCACCAGACCACAGAGCUGCACUCCUCCCUGGGCACUAGUGUGGAGGUGCUGCAGGCCAAGGCUCAGGUGCUGGCCCAGCUCCACCAGAACCUGGUAUCUCUUGUCAGGGCCCGGCGGGCCUUGCUGGAGCAGACCCUGCAGCAGGCAGAGUUUCUGCACAACUGUGAGGAGGAGGAAGCCUGGUUGAGGGAGUGCACGCAGCUGGUAGAGGAUACAGCCCUGGGCAGGGAUCUCAACCAGAUCGCAGUGGCCCUGCAAAAACAGAAGGCCCUGGAAGCAGAGCUCCGCAGACACCAGGUCAAGUGCGCGGAUCUCCUGCAGAGGGGACGCGACCUGCGCGCCCGCGGACCCCCGACGCAGUGGGAUCCCCGGGAGCGGGCAGAGGCGGUGCAGGGCUUGUGGCAGUGGCUUCGGGGCCUGGCGGCCGGGUGGGGUGCGCGGCUGCAGGCGGCCCUGCUCGUUCAGCAGUACUUCACUGAUGCAGCAGACGCGGCCGCGUGGCUACUACAGCAGCAGUCAGCGCUGGAGAGCACGUCCUGUGGGCAGGAUCAGGCAGCUGCCGAGGCCCUGCUGCAGCGCCACCCGCGGCUGGAGCGCACCGUGCGCACCUUUGGGGCCGAGCUGCGGCAACUGGAUGAGCAGGCGCGGGCGGCCGCAGCCCGGGCAUCGCUUGCAGUGGUGUCUGCCCUGGGCUCUCCGAUGGAAGACCCAAGGAACCUGGGGGCCUGCUGUGAGGUUUCUGGCCAUUCGGGCCCCCUGGGCACCCAGAAGAUGGCCUUCCCUGCUGAGCUUGGCCCUGACUUUGACCCAAACACCAUACUCCAGACACAGGACCGUUUGACCCAGGACUAUGAGGGUCUGCAGGUCCUGCUAGAGCACCGCAGAGCCAGGCUGGAGGAGGCAGUGGCCCUGUCUGGCUUGUACAGCUCGUGUAGGGAUCUCCAGUCCUGGCUGGAAAACCAGACCAGCCUGUUCCAAACGCUGCAGCCCCAGGCUGACAACUUGGAAGCUACCCAGCUCAAAUAUGAGAACUUUCUUACUGCUCUGACUGGGGGAAGUGGCCUCUGGGCUGAGGUCAGCAGCUCUGCUGAGCAGCUGAAGCAGAGAUGUCCUGGAGACUCCCCUCAAAUCCAGCAGCAGCUAGAGGAACUGAGCUGCAGGUGGGAGAAGCUGGAGGCCCUGAAGAAAGAGAAGGAAAUGCAGCUGGCACACACCACAGAUGUGUGCAGUUUUCUGCAGGAGUGUGGAGACACGCAGGUCCAGCUGCAAGGCAUGAUACUCCAGCUAGAAGCCCUGGAGCUGGGGCGCUUGGAGGGCAGCCAUCGUACCCUGCAACUGGCCCCGCAAAAGAUGCUCGUGCUGGAGAGGAGUAUCCACCACCUGCAAAGCCUGGCCAUAAAAGUCAAGGAGUCGGGCCCUGCGGAGAGCCAGUCCCUGCAAAGACAAGUGGGGACACUGCAGGGGCUGCUGGACCAAGUGCAGCAGCAAGUGGCCCAACAGGCCCAAGUGCAGGCCCAAGCACAGGCCCGGCAGAGCUUCCUGCAGGAGAGCCAGCGACUGCUGCUAUGGGUGGAGGGUGUCCGGGCUCAGCUGCACAAUGACAAGGAUGUGGUGGACCUGGCCUCAGCCCAGAGGCUGCUGAUGGAGCACCAGCACCUGCUAGAGGAGAUUCACCUGCAGCAGGAGAGGCUGCAGCAGCUGGAGGCUCAGGGCCAGCCCAUUGCGGCCGUGGACUCCCCGGACUCCCAGGAGGUGGCCUGUGCUCUGAAGCUCCUGGGCCAGGAAGGCUGGGGGCUGCAGGCUGCCUGGGAGCAGAGACAGCAGUGGCUGCAGGAGGGGCUGGAGCUGCAGAGGUUCAGCCAAGAAGUGGAUAGUUUCACUGCCACCUGUGCCAACCACGAGGCCUUCCUAGGGCUGGACAGCCUUGGGGAGGACGUGGGGGAAGCCCGGGGCCUGCUGCAGCAGCACCAGGAGUUUGGGAGGCUCCUGGGCACCCUCAGUGCUCGGGCAGAGGCGCUGCAGGCACAGGGCGAGAAGCUGUCUCAGAAACAACACCCUGCUGUACACAAGAUCAGAGAGCAGCUGCAGAGCGCCCAGGCGCAGUGGGCCGGGGUCCGGGAGAGGAGUGCGCAGAGGACAAGGCGGCUGCGGGCUUCCCUGCGGCUCCAGGAAUGGAAGCAGGACAUGGCGGAGCUGAUGCAGUGGAUGGAGGAGAAGGGGCUGAUGGCAGCAGAUCAGCGCUGCUGGGAGCCUGGCAGCACCCUGCAGAAACUCAAGCGGCACAAAGCAGUUGAGCGCGAGCUACGAGCUGCCCAUGGUCGCAUGGAGGGCCUGCAGCAGGCUGGGAGGGAGCUGUUGGACAGCAGGCUGCAUGCCCAGGAGGACGUGCAGGUCAGGCUACAGGGCCUGAGGAACAGGUGGGAAGAGUUGAACCACAGGAUGGCAGAGCGCGGAGACCAGCUCCAGGAGGCUAGGCGGCAGGACCAGCUCUGGGGGCUGCUGCAGGGUGCCAAGGAGAAGAUGGAGCAGCUGGAGGGGGCCCUGCAGAGUGCAGAACCGGGACAGGGCCUGUGCUCCAGCCAGAGGCUGCAGAAACAGCACCACCAGCUGGAAGGCAAGAGCCAGGCCCUGGCCAGCAGGAUGGCUGUCCUGGCUGCCCAGGCCCACCUGCUGGCCGAUUCCCAGGCCAUCACGGAGGAGACCCAGAAGUGUCUCCAGAGGUUCAAGUCCCUGCAGGGACAUCUGGCUGCGCGGCGCUUGCAGCUGCAGGCCUCAGUCACGCUGUACCGCUUCUACCAAGUGAGCAACACAGAGCUCACGUGGGUGGCUGACCACAUGCCCAGUGCUGGCUCCACCAGCCACUCCAAGUGCUCAGACGGGGCCCAGAGCCUUCUCCGCAAGCACGAGGAGCUCCAGGCAAAGGUAAAAGCCCACCAGGGACAGGUGCAACAGGUGCUAGGGUCUGGAUGGAGCCUAGCAGCCUCAGGGCACCCUCAGGCCCUGCGCAUCACGGAGCAGUGCCAGAAGCUGCAAGGCCACUGGGUAGAGCUGCAGCAGACUUGUGACGCACAGGCCCGGUGCCUGCAGCAGGCUGUUGCUCUCCAGCAGUAUUUUCUGGAUGCAUCAGAGCUGGAGGACUGGGUGGAAGAGAAACAGCUGAUGGUGAGGAGUCAGGACUGCGGGAGAGAUGAGGCCACCACCAUCAGGCUCAUCGAGAAGCACCAGGCCCUACAGCAGGAGCUGGUUCUUCACUGGAGCUUGAUGGAGAAACUUGACCAGAGGGCCCAAAUCCUCACUGGCCCCAAGGCCGGUGAGCAGCUGUGUGUGGUUCAGGAGAGGCUCCGGAAGCAGCUGCAGGCACUGCAGGAGUUGGCAGCCACACGGGACCGGGAGCUGGCAGGGACUCUGACACUGCAUGAGUUCACGAGGGAGGCUGAGGAGCUGCAGGGCUGGCUGGAGAGCCAGAAGCAGGUGGCCAGAGGAGGAGAGAGCCUUGGCGAGGACCACGAGCACAUCCUGCACCUCUGCACCAAGUAUGCAAGGUUUCAGCACCAGGUGGAGAUGGGCGGUCCGUGGGUGGCAGCCUGCCAACAGCUGGUGGAGAGCCUGCUGGAGUGUGGGCACAGCGCCGCCCCCCAGGCCCAUCAGAGGCAGCAGGAUCUGCAGGCUGCCUGGACAGAGCUGCAGGAGCUGACCCAGGCCCAAGGCUCCCUGCUCCGAGAUGCUGAGAUCACCCUCAAGGUUCACAGAGAUCUGUUGGAAGCCCUCACCCAGGUCCAGGAGAAAGCCACAAGCCUUCCCAGUGACAUAGCUCCAGACCUGCAUGGGCUGGAGGCCCAGCUGAGGAGACACGAGGGGCUGGAACGUGAACUUGUGGGCCCUGAGUGGCAGCUGCAGGAACUGCUGGAGGCCGGAGACACAGUGCAGAAGUUGUGUCCAGGGCCUCAGGCCGUUGCCGUGCAGCAGAGACAGCAGGCUCUGGUGCAGGCUUGGGAGGCCCUGAAGCUGCAGAUGGAGCAGCGCAGGGCCCGACUGAAGCAGGCACUCCUCCUGGCCCACUUCCACACAGCGGUGCAGGACUACACCUCCUGGGCAGCCGGUGUGAGGCAGGAGCUGCAGGUAGAGGAGAGCGCCCUGGAGCCCAGCAGUGGCCUGCUAAAGCUCAGUGCCCACCAGCAGCUCCGGGCAGAGCUAGAGGCCCAGGAGGGGCUGCAGCAGAGGGCCACCCAGCUGGGCCAGCAGGCGCUUAUGGCUGUAGGGACUCCCAUCAUGGAGGUCCAGGAAGGGCUGCGAGCCCUGAAGGAGCAGCGUGAGCAGGUGUUCCAGGCCUGGGGACAGCAGUACGAGAGGCUGCAGGCCAGGUCCCGCGAGCAGCUCUUCCUCAGAAAGCUUGACCGCCUAGACCAGACCCUCUCGGCCCAGGAGGUCUCCCUGAAAACCAGUGCCCUGGGGAGCUCAGUGGAAGAGGUGGAGCAGUUGAUACGCAAGCAUGAGACCUUCCAGAAGGUGCUGACGGCCCAAGAUGAGAAGGAGGCAGCUCUGUGUGAGCAGGUGAAGACGCUCAGGAGCCCCAGGGUGCAGGGCCUGCUCAGCGCAGUCCUGGAGCGUCGGGCUCGAGUAAAGGAACUGGCAGAGAGCCGGGGACGUGCGCUGCACACCUCUCUGCUGAUGACUGGCUUCACCAGGGCUGUGACCCAGGCCGAGGACUGGAUCCAGGAACAGAUCCAGCAGUUGAAAGAGCCAAUCCCUCCUGGGAACCUGAAAGAUAAGUCGAGAUGCCUGCAGAAGCAGCAGGCCCUUGAGGCUGAAAUCCAGGCCCAGGAGGAGGUCGUAACCUCUGUCACCAAGGAGGGUGAAGCUCUCCUGGCACAGAGCCACCCUCAGACAGGAGAGGUCCCCCAGAGGCUGCAGGCCCUGUGGGAGCGCUGGGAGAGGCUGAGGCAGGCUGUGGCUCUCCGGCGCCAGGACGUGGAGGACCAGCAGAACUUCCUGGCGUUCCUGCAGAGGGUAGACCUUGCAGAGGCCUGGAUCCGGGAGAUGGAUAUGGUGGUGAACGCUUGUGACCUGGGCCAGGACCUUGAGAGCUGCCAGCGGCUCCACAGGCGGCUCCGCCAGUUCCCAGGAGUCUGGGCCGGGGACACACUGGAUGACACCCACAUCAGGAGCAUCAAUGACUUGUCCCUUCAGCUCAAGAGCAAGGACCCUGAGCAAGUCAAGACCAUCUGCCAAAGGCGACACCAGCUCAACCGCAGGUGGAGCAAUUUCCAUGGUAACCUGCUCCAGUACCAGCAGCAGCUGGAAGGGGCCCUGCAGGCACACACAUUGUCGCGAGAGCUGGAUGACAUCACUGAGCAGAUUAGGGAGAAGGCCACUCUGGUCCAGGCCCUGGGCCAUGGGAAAGAUCUGGAGAGCGUGCAGAGGCUGAUAUGGAGACAUGGGGAGUUGGAGCAGGAACUGGUCCUCAUCCAGGCCCGGGUGGAGCCCCUAGAGCAUGAGGUGGAGCUCCUCUGUCAGAGAAGCCCUGGGGCAGCCCCCAGCCUCGGCAGCAAGCAGCGGGAGAUGAUGGACAGCUGGAGGCGGCUCCAGAGCAGGGCCCAGAAGUGGAGGGAGUCUCUGGAUGCGUGGCACCAAGCUCAGAAACUGCAGGCAGUGCUGCAGGAAUUGCUGCUCUGGGCCCAGAGGCUGCAGGCUGAGAUGGGGGGCCGAAGCACCCCCAGCAGCCCUGCGGAGGCCCAGCGCAUGCUGAAUGAGCACCAGGAGCUCAAGGCCGAGCUGGACUCCCGAAUGGACAGCAUCAAGCUGGCCCGAAGCAAUGGACAGCGAUUGCUUACAGCUGGACACCCAUCUGCCCCUGACAUACAACAAGCCCUGACUGGUUUAGACCAAGAGCUGAACAGCCUGGAAGCAGCCUGGCAGAAGCACCAGCUCCAGCUGCAGCAGGCAUUGGAGCUGCAGCUGGUCCUGAGUUCCGUGGAACAGAUGGAAAGUUGGCUAUGCAGCCAGGAAGCCUGCUCAGCCAGUGAGGGUCUGGGGGACUCCUUGGCCAAUGUGGACACCCUCUGGUGGAAGCACAAGGCACUUGAGCAGGUCCUGGAGGCACAGGCAGAAAAGAUCAACAUGCUGGAGGCCACAGCCCACAGCCUGCAGUCGGGUGGGCACCCCGAGGCCCAGAGCACCCUGGGCCGGUGCCAGGCCCUGCUCCUAAGGAAGAAGGCCCUCCUGGAGCUGGCUGGGGCCCGCCGUCACCGGCUGGAGGAGCUCCAGCAGCUGCAGACCCUCCUGCAGGACUCCUAUGAGGGGGCCAUGUGGUUGAGGGACAGGCACCUGGUGGCUCUGGAAGAAGACUGGCAGGACCUGGGUGCGCUGCAGGCACAGCUGUGGAAGCUGCAGAACCUCCAGGCUGAGCUGGACACCAGUGCACGCCACCGGCAGUGGCUGCAGAUGGAGGGGCAGAGGCUGCUACAGGACGGCCACCCGGCCUCGGACACCAUUCAGGAGCGGCUACAGGAGCUGGGAGAGCUCUGGGACAAGCUGCAGGCUGACUGCCAGAGGAAGGCAGCCAGGCUACGGGAGGCCUGCAAGGCCCUGUAUCUACAGCGGAGUGUGGAGGAGCUGCAGUGCUGGCUGGAGCCCAUUGAGAUCAAGCUGAGAGUCCCCAUCAUGGACCAGGACCAGCCUGGGCUAGACGAGCUGCUGGAGGCACAGGGAGAGCUGGAGGCAGCAGUGGACAGGCAGGCCAGGCAGGCCCAGGCCCUGCUGGGCCAGGUGCAAGCCUUUAUACAGGAAGACUGCUGCAUUGCCCAAGACGUGGAAGAUCAGGCCCAGCGGCUGCUUCACAGGUUCGAAAGCCUACAGGAGCCCCUGUGGGAGCGCAGAGCAGCUCUGGAGGCCUGGAGCCUCCUCCUGCAGUUCCUCAGGGAUGCCGAUGAGGAGAUGGCCUGGGUGCAGGAGAAGCUGUCCCUGGCUGCUGCCCAGGACUACGGCCAGAGCCUGAGUGCCGUGUGGCACCUGCAAAAGCAGCACCAGAACCUGGAGAGUGAGAUGCACAGUCACGAGGCUCUCACCUGGGCAGUGGUGGACACAGGACACAAGCUCGUGCAGGCUGGGCACUUUGCUGCCUGUGACGUGGCUGCCCGGGUGCAGCAGCUAGAGGACGCCAUGGGCUGCCUGCGGGCAGAGGCUGCACAGAGGUGGCAGCGGCUGCAACAGGCUCAGGAGACCCAGCAGGUCCUGACAGAGCUCCUGGAGGCCACGUCCUGGCUGGAAGAACAGGGCUGUGCCCUGGAUAUUGAGGAUAUGGGCCAGAGGGCCGAAGACACACAGGCCUUCCUGCGGCGGCUGGAGGCCACCAGGAGGAACCUGCAGGGGUUCAGCACGCACAUCAAGAGGCUGCAGCAGACAGCAGUCCUCCUGGAGAGCAGGCAGAACCCAGAAAGCCCCAGGGUGCUGGCCCAGGUGCGGAUGGUGAGGGAAGCCCAUUCAAGGCUGCUGCAGAAAGCAGAGGACAGGGGGCAAGGCCUGCAGGAGCAGCUGCAGCUACACCGACUGGAGCGGGAGGCCCUGUUCCUCAACUCCUGGCUGGCCAGCAAGGUGGCCACUGCCGAGUCCCAGGACUACGGGCAGGACCUGGAGGCUGUCAAGGUACUGGAAGAGAAGUUUGAUGCUUUCAGAAAAGAAGUUCAGAGCCUGGGGCAGGCCAAGGUGCAGGCCCUAAAGGAGCUGGCAGACUCCCUGGAACGUGCAGCCCCCAGGUGCUAUCCCCGGAUUCAAGCCCAGCGGAGUCGCAUUGAGGCCGCCUGGGAGAGGCUGGACAGAGCAAUAAAAACUCGCAAACAGAACCUGACUGCAGCCCAUGAGGUCCAUAACUUUGAAGAGGUGGCAGCUAAGCUCCAGGGCUGGAUGAAGGAGAAAGCCACCCUGAUGGCACGAGACACCCAUGGCCGCAGCAUGUCUUCGGUGCAGACCCUCCAGCAGCAGCACAGGUGCCUGGAGAGGGAACUGACAGCUAUCAAGAAGGAGGUGGCACAGGUGCAGACAGAGGCCUGCCGACUGGGCCAGCUAUACCCUGCAGCUCAGGAGGGCCUGGCUGAGCGACUGGCUGAGGUGCAGGAGGCCUGGGUGACCCUGGAGGCAAAGGCCCAGGAGCGAGGUCAGCAGCUGGAGCAGGCUGCCAAGGGCCAUGCCUUCCUCGGACGCUGUCGGGAACUGCUAGCAUGGGCCCAGGAGAAGCAGGCACUGGUGUCCUCAGAGAAGCUGGCUGGGGAUGUGGCAGGGGCUGAGUGGCUCCUCAGGCAGUAUGAGGAACUGGGGCAAGAAAUCAAGGAGUGCUGCCUUCAAGCCCAGGAUGUACAGCAGGAAGGGCAACAGCUGGUGGGCAAAGGCCACUUCAUGUCCCCAGAGGUGACAGAGUGUCUGCAGGAGCUGGAAAGGCAGCUACAGUCACUCAAGGAGGCCUGUGCCCUGCACCAGGAGUGCUGUGAGGAGAGCUGGGGCCUGCAGAAGCUGCGGCAGGGGCUGGACCAGGCCGAGACCUGGCUGGCCUCCCGGGAAGACCUCCUGCUGGACCCCAACUGUGGGAACUCAGUGUCAGAUGUGGAGUUGCUGCUCCACAGACACCAGGACUUAGAAAAGCUGCUGGCAGCCCAGGAAGAGAAGUUUGCCCAACUGCAGAGGAAGACAGGGGUGGAAGGGAAGUUGCUGCAGCAGGUGAAGGGACUACAGCCCGGGAGAGCUGGCUGUGGACUGACCUCCCUCCAGCAGAGGUCCUCUGCAAGCUGGCAGCCAGGAGUACAGCAGGCCGAGGCGGAGGACCUGCAGCAAGGUGAUGCAAAGGGUACCCCCACCAUGGAAGGAUUUUUAGAGCUUAAGCAGCAGCUCUUGCCUGGAGAGAGGCAGCCCCGCUCGAGCCCCUGGGAUGGCCGACGUGGGGCCUUGGGAGGCAGUUCCCUGAGCCUGUUCCGGAGUGAGCAGACAGCAGCGGAGAACGUGGCUUCUGCAGCCACCCUGGACCUCGCAGGAAUCCAGUGUGAGAGGGUGAGGGAGCACCAUGGCAUGGAGCACAGUUUCUCCUUACGGCAGAGCAGCAGGGUGGAGAUCCUGUUCACAGCACCAUCUGAGAAGCAGGCUGAGAGCCGGCAUGGAGCCGUCAGCAGCAGCAGCACAGCAGUUCACAGUCUGAGCCCAGAGCUCAGAGCUCAACCUAUGGGUUUCCCAGCUAAGCGUGCUGCUGAGAGGGUACCCAUCACAGCCACUUCGCUCAGAUUCCACAGCUGUCCCCCACCUUCCUGGCUGAGGGAGCCGCCUGUGUGCACUGAUAGCCCCUUGCAGCCCUUGGAGUUCCUGCAGAUGGCUGUCCCUGCAAAGGAAACUGCCCAAGGUUCCCACCGCCCUUCCAGCUCAGGGGAGACCCAAGGCCUGGGCCCUGAAGUAAACUCUGAGUCAGCACCAAAUCUCAGCACUACAAGCAAGGACACCCUUUAGUGACCAGAACAGGAUUCAGGCCCCUCAGGACCAACCUCUGCAAAAGAUGCUUCCUUGUUUGGGGACAGGCCCCACCAAAGCUGCAGC